UUUUGUGUUGUGUAUUUCGUAAAAAGGGAAAGGGAUGGCUUCAGUUGCUGAAUCAAAACAAUUAUCAUCCACUGAUAAACUACCAUCUCUUACAAAGAUUUUUGACAGUGCAUUGAAAAAACAUGAACUUAUAAACGAAAGUGAAGAUCCAACAAAUUCCGUUCCUUAUCAGGAACUAGUGUCUGAAGCCAUAUCUCUGUUGGAACAAGCAACUCACAUGGUGAAUGACUUAGCCUUAUUCAGUAGUAAUGAACAAAUAGAUGAAAUUGCUACCACAGAUCUACGGUACCUGCUGUUACCAAGCCUUCUAGGUGAUGUUUCCAUGAAACUGAUGAGUGAUGAUAGGCUAGAAGUACUUGAAACUGGACAAGCCUACUUCAUAGACUAUCUCAAGAGAUGUAAAGAUUACACUAUCACAAACCAGGAAAUUCCCACAACAGAAAGUGCUGAUACAGGGGUAACAUCACCUACAGUGUCUGGACCAGGGAGGCCAGACAUGAAAGCAAUGCAAGCAGACAGAGAAGCAAAAAUUAAGAAAUUCAAAGAAAAGAAGGAAAGGGAACGAAAGAUGAAAGAAAUGGGAACAUGGCUUCAAAUCCGUGACAGAGACGAUGAAGUCCAGAGGGAAUACUACAAACUAAUGUUGGAAAGUUGGGUUGAUAAAGCAAUAGAAGAAUUGAAGAGCAUUGCACAAGAGAAACAAAUCUUACAACAUAUGGCAAAAGUCCAGUCAACUGGACAUAUGGCAGCCGCAGAGCCAGAUAGACCAGCCAAAACAUGCAAGCCAAUGAAACCUUUCAUAAUAACAAGAGAUGCUGUUCAAGCCAAGGUGUUCGGAGCUGGCUAUCCAAGCUUACCAACAGUUUCAUUAGAAGAAUUCUUUGAGAAAGAAAUUAGAGAAGGAAAAAUACCACAAGAAGCUCUGCACCCAUCAUCUGUUGUAGUGGAACAUGGCCAACAAGAUGACAAACCACAAGAAGCUGAAGAUGAUGAAGAUGACCCAGAAGCAAUUAAGAAAGCCAGAGAGCUAGAUGAUUGGAAAGAUGAUCAUAAGCGAGGUUGGGGAAAUAGAUACAACCGAUCAUAGCAGAGUUGUGUGCUUUGUCUCAACCAGUAACAGGAUGGAGAACUUGGAUGCUUAAUUUUAAGACAGAAGGGCGAUUGACCAAAGAAGUCACAAAUUAAGAAAUAGCUUGGAAGAAUUUAAACCCACUAAAAAAAGUAACUGAAUUUGCAAUAGGACCAUAUGUCAAUAUCAAAAUGCCUGAAUUUACCACAAAACCCUAAUUUUCUUUUUGUAUGAUAAUGUGAUCAUGACAUGAUAAAAUGUAGGACAAUUCAUUAAAUCUGUCACAGCAGGUUACUUGAAUAAUAUCUUGUAAAAUUGUCAGUUAAUUGACAUAUUUCUUAUAGCAGCCAAUCACAGAGUAUUUAUAUUUUAGCAGGCAUUGAGGGAUUUAUUUGAUCUACUAUAUUUCUGAUCUCAUUCAGUUUAAUUUGCAUAUGAAAUUAUCUACUGUAAUUGUGAAAAUUAGUGGUUUAAGCCAUUGGUGCAGUUUCCAUAGUCCAUUUUGGAAACCAUGAUAAAAUAAAGGCAACGAGAUUAAUGUUCAAUAGUGGAUUGAAAUAUAAUCUUUGAAAUUCAUAUUUUGUUAUUUUCUUUUGUAAAUCAUGUCCUAGCAAAUAUGAAAUACAGUACAGCAAGGAGUAGCCCCUAUUUUUUGGAGACAGAUAAAAUCUGAAAAAUAGAUGCUAAUUAAGAAUUCACCGAGUAACCCAAUUUAAGGCCUGAAAAAGUGCUUACAUGGUUUUAUAACCAUUUUUGAUAAGAACCUGUGCAAUGACCUAUUCCUGACGACACAAUCAGGGUUUAGAUGGGAUAAAUUACAUAUUGCAAACCUCAUCAAUGCUAUAAUACUGUAUAUAUUAUUUUCCAAAUGAAGUUACCAGAGAACAGGGAUUAUUGCCAUGAAUGUAAGGGUUAUGGAAACUGAUUUCAGUGUUUUCCAGGUCCUUGAAAGAAUUUCCAAACGAGUCCAGCGGUCUAAUGGUGGUGUAGCUCAGGGGUCUAAUCUUCUUAACGCCUAGAACAAUUUGGCAAUUUUGGCCCCUUUUAAGAUUUUUUGAGACAUUUUAGCAUGUAAUUGUUAAAAUAAAGAUUGAUGGAGAAUAAAAUAAAAAUAAUGGGUAAAAUUAUUUUUUUUUUUUUUUAUCAUAACUGCACUUUCCCAGUUAAGCAUUGUGUGAUUUAGUUCAUAAAGCAUUCCAUCAUAAAUUUUCCACCCAGUAAAUGUAAAAUCUAAUAUUUAAUGAGAAUGAAACAAAAAUUGCAAUGAACUACAGCUAAAUAUGGAGCACACAAAAAAAAGACACAAAGUUGUUUCCUGUUUUAAAAUAUGUUAUAUCAUACUUUACUCUCAACAUUAUUCCACACAAUUAGUGCCCCUGCUGAAAUUGAAUUAAAAAGAGAAAAAAAAACAGAAGCAGACACACAUUCAUUCACCGAGAGAUCAAUACACUGGCAGUUGCAUUAAAAAACGACCACUUAAAAACGGGAAAGCAAUUCAGAACAUUGUUAGUGCUGGAUGAACUUACAAAAAACUUGAUGAUUUACAAAAUUGCUCUUGUGUAAAUACAGUAAUAGCUUUCUUGGAAGUAUUUGAGACCAAAAUGAUCAUUAAAGAAAAAAAGAAACUAAUUUAACUUUACCCACAUUGUAACCCAUACAUAAAACAAGUACUGGCAUUAACCCUAGGAACGUAGGAAGCAUAAAAUAAUUUAAAAAACACCAUAUAACAAUCUACUUAAAAAGAUUAAAGAUUGCAUAUGUAUGUUAAAAAUGCAUAACUUAUUCCAUUGAUCACAUACUGACCUACUGUAAAAGCAUUGUUUCAAAGAGGCAAAAAUUGAAAAGGGGAAAAAAUAAUAUCUAAUUUAAUUUAAAACAUUUUCUAAUUUUAUAUAGAAUAUCAAAUGUUUAAAUUCCAGUGCAGUUUUUUAUGUUAGUGUUGAAAUGUUAAAACAUUUUUAUUAUCCUUCACAUUAUCAUGCACUUUGAAAAGUGCGAUUUCAAAUCUAAUAAUUAAAAAGGCUGAACUGGAAGUUAAAUAUAAUAUAUUUCAGGUGAAACAGUUGGAAAACAUUUUAUAUAUAAAUUUUAUUCACUUGAUAAAAUUUUAAUUUAAUGAACAGUCGAAUUAAAACUACAGCACAGCUUUUGUGUUAUCUGUACUUGGGUCAUUUUGACAAAUUCUGGUGUUUAUAUUUUGUAGGUGUGAAUAAAGUAUUAUUCUUAUUUAUUUACUAUCAAUUAUUUUAAAAAUUAUCUUUUGUUUAUAAUUCAAUAAUAGAUAUUUAAUAAGUUAGAUUACCAAUUCUUGUAAUUAUUGAUUUAAUUUGCUUAAUAACAGAUACAAAAAUAAGCCACAUUAAGCAAACCUAUUAAUGCCGAAAUAUGUUCUCAAAUCUAUGAUAUACUUUACAUUUUAUCCCACUAAUAAACACUUCUAUGUCAGUUCUCUUAACUACAAGUACAUACUUUAUUUUAUUAUAUGAAUCUAUUGAUGAAAAAUGCAUCUACACUUGUCAAUACUUAAUACCAAUGUUAUUUACAACAAUACUGAGCAACAUAUAAAACACUAUGUACAAUUACACAGAGAGAGUGCUUAACUACGGCAUGAAAAUAUCUGCCAGUCCACAGUUACAGUAUUACAUACUGAAAACCAACAGCAAAUUCUUUGGCUGUGUUACAAUGUCAUUUACAAGUCCACCUCCAAAUUAAUGGCGAAUAAAUGAAAAAAAAAA